AUGGUGAAGCCCCUGAGCUUCAAGGGCGACAAGAAACAAAAGAAGCGCAAGCGGGAGGCCCGAGAUGAUGCGGACGACGACGCCUCCACCCUUAACGAUACCAACAAGGCAGCCAGGGGGGCAGAGACGGCCACAGCGUCGGCAAGGAAGCAGCAGAGACAGGAGGAUGACAACGUUCAGAACGACGACAGCUGGGUUUCGGCCGACAUCGUCUCCGACGUCUCGGGCCCGGUCCUCUUCGUCCUCCCCACCGAACCCGUGACAGCCCUCGCUUGCGAUGCCAACGGGAAGGUGUUCACGCUGCCCGUCGAGAACAUGGUCGAGGACAACCCGGCCACCGCAGAGCCACAUGAUGUGCGCAUGGUCUGGGUCGCGAAUCGGAUCGCCGGGACGGAGAAUCACCGUUUCAAGGGGCAUCAUGGCAAAUUUCUGGGUUGCGACAAGUACGGUAUACUCACUGCCACCACCGAGGCCAUCUCUCCACUCGAGUCCUUUGUCUUGAUCGCGACGGCCGACACACCCGGGACCUUUCAGGUGCAGACGCUGCGUGAUACGUACCUCACCGUCCAGGCCUCAAAGUCAUCCCGCGCCAACGCGCUGCCCGAGGUCAGGGGCGACGCGACCGAGAUGAACUUCGACACGACGCUGCGCAUACGCAUGCAGGCGCGGUUCAAGCCGCGCUUAAGGGCCAGCAAGGAGGAGAAGGCCAGGGAGAAGAUUAGCAGAAAGGAGCUGGAGGAGGCCGUGGGCAGGAGGCUAGAAGAGGACGAGGUCAAGAUGCUGAAGAAGGCGAGGCGGGAGGGCGACUAUCAUGAGAGGUUGCUUGAUUUGAAGGUCAAGAACAAGCAUGACAAGUAUGGAUGA